AAAAUGUCUUGCUACGAUUUGUGCCCCACCAGCAGCAACAUUGCCUGCCCCCAGCCCAUCGCUAACAGCUGCAAUGAGCCCUGUGUCCGUCAGUGCCCUGACUCCACUGCUGUGAUCCAGCCACCCCCUGUUGUCGUCACCUUCCCCGGCCCCAUCCUCAGCUCCUUCCCCCAGCAAGCCGUGGUGGGCUCCUCAGGAGCACCUGCCUUUGGGAACAACCUGGGGCUGGGAGGCCUCUACGGUGCUGGAAGCCUUUAUGGGGGCUCUCUUGGAUAUGGAGCCCAGUAUGGAUGUGGGAGUUCUGCCCUCUCCACGCUCAGCAGCGGCUUCUGCAGCCCAUUCUCCUCCCGCCGGUACAGCCGCUUCCUCCGCAACAGCUGUGGACCCUGCUAAAGGCAGCAGAAAGGUCUCAGAAGAGAGACAUGAAGACCCAGAUGCAGAGCAAUGAGGAUGGGGGUUCAGCAUUUCUGCAGCCCUGCAAUGGAGCUACUGCCACUUUGCAUUUCUGAUCUUUCUUCUACAUUUUGUUUAGCCUUCCGUUUCUAGUUGUUUGCUAU